AUGGCCGAUUACGAGAAUGACUACGACUACGAGAACUACGGAGAGGAUUAUGCCGAAGGCAUCACUCCCGAAGACUGCUGGACCGUUAUCUCUUCGUUUUUCGAGUCCAAAGGUCUUGUGUCCCAGCAGACACAGUCCUUCGAUGAAUUCACACAGAGCACUAUCCAAGAUCUCGUGAACGAGUACAGUACCAUUACACUCGAUCAGCCGAAUCCUCCAUCCACAGCAGACCGGGAGAUUUCUCUACGACGAUACGAAAUAAAAUUCGGAUCAGUUUUGGUUUCACGACCUACUAUCAGCGAAACGGACGGUAUCGCCACAUCUCUCCUCCCAUACGAAUGCCGCGACCGAAACUUGACAUACGCAAGUCCUAUGUACAUCAAGAUUUCAAAGAAGGUAUCCGUUGCAGUGGAUAAAGAGAUCCCGCUCCACGAGCUUGAUGACGCCCAGCAGUCAGAGAUGGCGGCAACUGGACAACACCCCACAAGACUUGAGUGGGAAACAGAAGAAGCAGAUGGGGACAAUGAGAAGGGAGAUAGCAUGAAGGACUUCGUGUACGUGGGCCGGCUUCCUAUCAUGGUCAAGUCUAAGAUUUGCCACUUGAAUGAUGAGCCCGAUGAUGGCCUCUUCCUCGUCAACGAGUGCCCCUAUGACCAAGGUGGCUACUUCAUUAUCAACGGCAGUGAGAAGGUUCUUAUCGCCCAAGAACGUUCCGCUGCAAACAUUGUCCAAGUGUUCAAGAAGGCACAGCCCAGUCCCUAUACGUAUACGGCCGAGAUCAGGAGUGCUUUGGAGAAGGGAUCCCGCCUCAUUUCUAGCCUUAUGCUCAAACUCUACGGAAAGGGUGACUCGGCUCGUGGUGGCUUCGGCCAAACCAUCCAUACUACACUCCCAUUUGUCAAGUCCGAUCUCCCCGUUGCCAUCGUUUUCCGUGCGCUGGGUGUGGUCUCGGAUGAAGAUAUCCUGAACCACAUCUGCUACGACCGUAACGACACCCAGAUGCUCGAAAUGCUACGACCCUGUAUUGAGGAGGCGUUCUGUGUCCAAGACAGAGAAGUUGCGCUUGACUUCAUCGGCAAGCGAGGCAAUCGAGACCAGGCAGGUCUUGGACGAGAGAAGCGUGUCCGUGUGGCAAGGGACAUCUUGCAGAAGGAAACCCUGCCUCAUAUUUCACAAAACGAGGGUAGUGAGACCAGAAAAGCCUUUUUCUUGGGUUACAUGGUUCACAAGCUUCUCCAGUGCGCUCUAGGAAGGCGAGAACCUGACGAUCGUGAUCACUUUGGUAAAAAGCGUCUUGAUCUGGCUGGUCCAUUGUUGGCGAAGCUUUUCCGCAACAUCAUGCGUAGGCUCAACAACGAGCUUUCGACCUAUUUGCGAAGAUGCGUUGAGGGCAACCGACAUUUCAAUUUGGCAUUUGGUGUCAAGCCCGGCACUCUUUCCAAUGGUUUGAAGUACUCUUUGGCCACUGGUAAUUGGGGUGACCAGAAGAAAGCUAUGAGCUCCACUGCUGGUGUGUCCCAGGUUCUUAACCGGUACACAUUCGCCUCAACCCUGUCCCAUUUGCGACGAACAAAUACCCCUAUUGGCCGAGAUGGUAAAUUGGCCAAGCCUCGCCAACUGCACAAUACACAUUGGGGUUUGGUAUGUCCUGCCGAGACCCCCGAAGGUCAGGCUUGUGGUCUGGUCAAAAACUUAUCUUUGAUGUGUUAUGUGAGUGUGGGAUCUCCAUCCGAACCCUUGAUCGAUUUCAUGAUCAAUCGUGGAAUGGAGGUUGUUGAAGAAUAUGAGCCCCUGAGGUACCCUCAUGCUACCAAGAUUUUCAUCAACGGAAGUUGGGUUGGUGUUCAUCAAGAUCCGAAGCACUUGGUUAGCCAUGUCGUUGACCUCCGUCGUCAAUCUUUGCUGCCUUACGAAGUAUCACUGGUCCGUGAUAUCCGAGAUCGUGAGUUCAAGAUUUUCUCGGAUGCUGGCCGUGUGAUGCGUCCUGUCUUCACCGUUCAGCAGGAAGAGACCAAUAUUGGUGAUCCUCCCAAGGGCUCUCUGGUCCUCAACAAAGAUCUAGUAAACCAGAUCGCCAAGGAGCUGUCCGAGCGUGAAACAGGAGAGUCUAAAUCUGGGUGGAACCGUCUGAUUGGUGCGGGUGCAGUUGAAUAUCUGGAUGCCGAAGAAGAAGAGACUGCGAUGAUCUGUAUGACACCUGAAGAUUUGGAGACAUACCGGAUCCAAAAGCUCGGUUAUGAUGUUGAGCAGAGUUUGGAAGCCGAGCCUAAUCAAAGAUUGCGAACGAAGACUAACCCUACCACGCACAUGUACACUCAUUGCGAGAUUCAUCCAAGUAUGAUUUUGGGAAUUUGCGCCAGUAUUAUCCCAUUCCCGGAUCAUAAUCAAUCUCCCCGUAAUACCUACCAGUCUGCUAUGGGUAAACAAGCCAUGGGCUUCUUCCUCACCAACUAUUCUCGCCGCAUGGACACCAUGGCAAACAUUCUGUACUAUCCUCAGAAGCCUCUGGGAACAACUCGAUCCAUGGAGUUCCUCAAGUUCCGAGAGUUGCCUGCCGGUCAGAAUGCUAUUGUAGCAAUCUCUUGCUACUCUGGCUAUAACCAGGAAGAUUCCGUCAUUAUGAACCAGAGCAGUAUCGAUCGUGGCCUGUUCCGAAGUCUCUUUUUCAGAUCCUAUUCGGAUCAGGAGAAGAAGGUUGGUCUCAACUAUACCGAGGUUUUCGAGAAACCGUUCCAGCCAAACACCCUUCGAAUGAAACACGGCACAUACGAUAAACUGGACGAGGAUGGAAUUGUGGCACCUGGCGUGCGUGUAUCCGGAGAAGAUAUCAUUAUCGGCAAAACAGCGCCAAUCGACCCUGACAACCAGGAUUUGGGAACCAGGACCACGGCACACCAACGACGAGAUAUCUCGACGCCACUCCGAAGCACAGAAAACGGCAUUGUUGACUCUGUCGUUCUGACCGUCAACGCUGAUAACGUCAAGUAUGUCAAGGUUCGUGUGCGUACCACCAAGAUUCCUCAGAUUGGUGACAAGUUUGCCUCUCGUCACGGUCAGAAGGGUACUGUGGGUGUCACGUAUCGACAAGAGGACAUGCCCUUUACUCGAGAAGGUGUUACGCCAGAUAUCAUCAUCAACCCUCACGCUAUUCCAUCUCGAAUGACAAUUGCCCAUUUGAUUGAAUGCUUGCUUAGCAAAGUGGCGACGCUGGAAGGUAUGGAGGGUGAUGCCACCCCCUUCACAGACGUUACCGUCGAUCAAGUUUCAGAUCUCCUCAGGAAGCAUGGCUACCAGUCUCGUGGGUUCGAAAUCAUGUACAAUGGCCAUACCGGACGCAAGCUACGUGCACAAGUCUUCUUUGGCCCAACAUAUUACCAACGUCUUCGUCACAUGGUGGACGACAAGAUUCACGCACGAGCUCGAGGACCAGUUCAGAUCAUGACAAGACAGCCUGUGGAAGGUCGUGCAAGAGAUGGUGGUCUUCGUUUCGGAGAAAUGGAACGUGAUUGUAUGAUCGCGCAUGGUGCCGCUGCUUUCCUCAAGGAGCGUCUCUUUGAAGUUUCUGAUGCAUUCCGUGUUCACGUCUGCGAGAUUUGUGGGCUGAUGACACCAAUUGCCAAUCUUUCCAAACAAUCGUUUGAAUGUCGACCCUGCAAGAACAAAACCAAGAUCGCCCAGAUCCAUAUUCCGUACGCUGCUAAGCUUCUGUUCCAGGAGCUCCAGGCCAUGAACAUCGCCGCAAGAAUGUUUACCAGCAGGUCUGGCGUUUCGAUUCGCUAA